AUGGCCGCUCCUCAAGUCAUUGUGGUCGGUGGUGGAUUGUCCGGUCUGAGUGCCGCACACACCGUCUAUCUCAAUGGUGGCAAUGUCCUAGUCUUGGAUAAACAGGCUUUCUUCGGUGGUAACUCCACCAAGGCUACGUCCGGCAUCAACGGCGCCCUCACCCGUACACAGACCGAUCUCGGCAUUGGCGACAGCGUCAAGGCCUUUUACGAGGACACCCUCAAAUCCGCCCGUGACAAGGCCCGCCCCGACCUCAUCAAAGUGUUGACCUACAAGUCCGCCUCUGCCGUCGAGUGGUUGCAGGAUGUCUUCAACCUGGACCUCACCCUCGUGUCUCGUCUGGGCGGUCACUCUCAUCCCCGUACACACCGUGGUCAUGAUGCCAAGUUCCCUGGUAUGGCCAUCACUUAUGCGCUCAUGCAGCGUCUGGAGGAGCUUUCACAGGCCGAGCCCCACCGUGUUCAGAUCAUCAAGAAGGCCAACGUCACGGCGGUCAACAAGUCCGGCAAUGAUGUGACUGGUGUGACUUACACUUUGAACGGCGAGACCAAGACGGCGGACGGCGUGGUCGUUUUGGCCACCGGUGGGUACGCUGCUGAUUUCAGUGAAUCCUCACUACUGAAGAAGCACCGCCCGGACACCUACGGCUUGUCAUCCACUAACGGCACUCACGCCACUGGUGACGGUCAAAAGAUGCUCAUGGCCAUCGGCGCAAAUGGGAUCGAUAUGGACAAGGUUCAGGUACACCCCACGGGUCUGGUUGACCCUAAGGACCCGACCGCCAAGUUCAAGUUCCUCGCGGCCGAGGCCCUUCGUGGUGAAGGUGGUCUCCUGCUCAACUCCGAUGGUCAGCGAUUCUCCGAUGAGUUGGGUCACCGUGACUACGUCUCCGGCCAGAUGUGGAAGGAGAAGGAGAAGAGCAAGUGGCCCAUUCGUCUCGUGCUCAACAGCAAGGCCUCCAACGUCCUGGACUUCCACACUCGCCACUACUCCGGUCGUGGACUCAUGAAGAAGAUGACUGGCAAAGAGUUGGCGGCCGAGAUUGGCUGCGGCGAGGCGGCUCUGAAGAAGACCUUUGACGAUUACAACCUCAUUGCCGAGGGCAAGAAGAAGGACCCCUGGGGCAAGAAGUUCUUCCACAACCUUCCCUUCUCCAUCGACGACGAUUUCCACGUCGCUCUCAUGGAGCCCGUGCUGCACUUCACCAUGGGUGGUAUUGAGAUUGACGAGCAUGCUCAAGUCUUGAACGGCGAGAAGAAGCCCUUCAAUGGCUUGUACGCUUGCGGUGAGCUGGCUGGUGGUGUCCAUGGUGCCAACCGUCUCGGUGGCUCUUCCCUGCUGGGCUGCGUUGUCUACGGCCGUGUGGCCGGUGACUCGGCCUCGCAGCACCUCUUCCAGAAGCUCAUCAAUGGUGGUUCCUCGGCCGCUCAGCAGCGUCUGGGCCAGAUCUCCCUGCACAUUGACCCCUCCACUCCCGGCAAGAUUUCCGUCGAGUGGAACGGUGCCGCUCAGUCCGGCAACCGCCUGACCAGUGUUCAGGAUGCCCCCGGUGCCGCCUCCGCCGCGGCAGCCACCCCGGCCGGUGAGGAUGCUGCUGCCAAACCCGACCCCAUUGCCAGCUUCCAGGUUCCCGAGAAGGAGUUUUCCAUGGAGGAAGUGGCCAAGCACAACAAGAAGGAUGACCUGUGGAUCGUCGUCAAGGGUAUUGUCCUGGACGUGACCAACUGGUUGGAUGAGCACCCUGGCGGUGCCAAUGCUCUUUUCAACUUUAUGGGCCGUGAUGCUACCGAGGAAUUUGCCAUGCUUCACGACGAUGAGGUCAUCCCCAAGUACGCCGCCCAGACCGUUAUUGGUCGGGUCAAGGGCCAGAAGCCCAGCCUAGAGCUGUGA